AUGCUUCAAUGCGCCCGAUUAUUCUGGCGCCCUGCUAGACUGGGCCGGAAUGUGUUCUUACGAACUGCGCAUACCGACUCCGGCCUGUCACCGGUCCUUUUGACGAGAGCGCGAUUGCUCGCCGCCGAACAUGCGAAACUCUCGGACAAAUUAGCAGAAGCCUUUGAUGCGAAAGUCGCUAAACGAGCCGGCGAGAUCGCUCCCGUAUCAGCAGUCUUGAAAGAAUGGGACAGCGCCAACGAGUCUAUAGUCGAACUAAAGUCUCUCCUAGAGCAACCCGAUACCGAUGAAGAACUGCGAUCCCUCGCAAUCGAGGACCUGGAGUCCAGCCGCGAGGCCUUGCCCACGAUUUCAGACCGGCUGAAAAAGGCCCUGAUCCCUCGACACCCGUUCGCGGAUUUACCAUGUCUUGUUGAGAUUCGCCCUGGAGCAGGAGGAGAUGAGGCGGGUCUCUUUGCAUUCGAGAUGCUCCGGAUGUACAUGUCAUUCUGUUCACGGAGAGGUCUUCGCCCGACAAUUUUGAAACAGGAUGUUGAGGAUGGAGCUUCAGAGGAUCGUCUGAGCGAAGCAGUGAUCGAGAUCGAGGCGGACGGUGCAUACGAUAUCAUGCGGACCGAGUCCGGGGUACACCGAGUCCAGAGAGUACCGGCGACAGAAACAAAAGGUCGCACACAUACAAGCGCCGUCAGCGUGAUGGUCUUGCCAAGUUUCCCAGAGAGUGGCAGCGGCUCGGACAAUGCCCUGAACUUUGAGGAUCCCAACAGUGACUACUACAUUGACCCACAAGAAGUGCGCGUCGAGAAGAUGCGAGCUAGCGGUGCUGGUGGACAGCAUGUUAACAAGACCGAGUCCGCCAUUCGAUUGACCCAUAUCCCGACGGGCACCGUUGUCUCCAUGCAAGAUGAACGGUCUCAACAGUCCAACCGACGGAGGGCGUGGCAGGUGCUACGAGCCAAAAUCGCCGAGGCCCGCCAGGAAGCGCGCGAGCAGGAAUUGGUCCAGCUGCGCCGAGGUGCGAUGGGUGGAGUGGCUCGAAUGGGUCGUGGUGACAAGAUUCGAACCUAUAACUAUGGCCAGAGCCGUUGUACCGACCACCGCAGCGGUACUACGAUUCACAACCUCGACGGUGUCCUCGAUGGCGGUGACGGCUUGGAGACGGUCAUGGAAAGCGUCCGCACUUGGAUGGCUGACCGCGAGGUUGAGGCCAUGGUAGCCGAGGAGACGCUCAAGGAGGAGAAGACGAAGAAGAAGUAA